CCAUCUCCAUGACAACGAAACACAACCAGAAGGAAGGUUUGCCUCACGGCCUGUGAAAUCGCUGAAACCGUUUGUAACUCUGGUGUAUUUUAGUACUUUUGAACUGAAAUUACCACAACAAGGUUCAGCAAGGUUUGUUUAUCCACAAAAUCCUUCCGUGAACCGUAUUUUUCAAGGUGUCAUCUUUCCCAACAGAGGUUCAACGAAUCAGAGAUGGAAAGUCCUCGUGUUGGUGUGGUGAGAGAGUCUAUGCUGCAUCGUCCUCUAUUAAUUAAGCCAGCUCUUGGAAAGGCCAAGUCGAGAGGUUUGUCCUGUCCAGGACCUGACUUUGUUUUUGGGACGGCGACCACAGUUCAGGAUGGAGGAGUGCCAGAGGCUAUCUCCAGCUGGCGCACUCACACUAUGUCUACCAGAAACAGGGCGGCUGAGAGGGAUUUUAUCGCCCUUAACCGAGAAGGGGUCAAGUCAGGCUUGGUUACUGCUAAAGAGCUGCAGCAGUACCGUGCCACCCACGACAUUCGGCGCCAGCCUUUGACCAGAGAGGGGUUUCGCAGAUCUGCCCCACCUCGCAUACCACCAGAUGCUUCAUUUGGCAUUUCUAACAGACCAUCUACCCCAAUCUCUGAGCUCAUGGAGUACAAGUACGCUCAGAGAUGGCUGGAAGAGCAGCAGGUCAAGGACAGAGCCCUACAAGCCCAUCAGCAUAAGAAGGCUCAGCUUGGACGUAUACAGGACACACGAACCACCCUGCUCCGCAAGAGUCGGCCCUUGCCUGAGGCCCCGUCCACAUGGAAACUACCUCGUUUCCAGCAGGUGGGACCAGCUCUGGACACCUUUCGCAAUCCUGAAGCCAGGAAGAAAGCCAUGAGUACCCUAUACUCAGAGUCUGCAAGCAGAAGAGGGAUUCUGGGUCAAGGCAUUUACACAGUGGAUUAAUUGAGCAAAGAUUAUUACAUCUCUGUUUAUAUGACAUCUUCUUGAAGUAAUAAUCUCUCAAUAAAAAAAAAUUGACAAUU